AUGCUAUUUUGCGCUAUCAUAGGUUAUCUUUUGCUGGAGGCGUGCCGUUGUUGCGAUCUCGUUCUGGUCAAACGUCUCCUCAAUUCCACGGACGAUGUUCACAAGACAGCUUCCUCUUCCAACAGUCAGACGCCACCUCUUUCCAUCGCUGCUGCAGCCGCCAAUAUGGAACCCCCGCUUCCCUCAAUUCCUGGUGAAUCAGGUGCUCCCAGCAAAAAGUCCCCCAUCUCACCAUCUUCUUCAAACGGAACCCCCGAUCUAAUCCACUUCCGACACCCUUUUAGUGGUGAUACCACUCUCCACAUGGCCUGCAAAGCUGACCGAACUAUUCGAGAAGGUGAAGAAAUCACAGAUAUAAAAUUAAGUCUCAGGAGACAGUUAAUCGAGUUCUUAAUCUCCAGGGGUGUGAGCCUGCAUGAACGUAACGCUGAAGGUCGCACUGCUCUUCACUUGGCAUCAGCAUCGGGUUGUAUGGAAGCAAUUCUCACCUUAUCUCAACAUGGAGCGACAGUGAAUGCUGUGGAUAGUCAGGGCUACUCACCACUUCAUCUGGCUUCGGCCAAUGGUCAUGCAGUAGCUGUCCGACUCCUUUUAGAUAGUUUAGGAGCGGAUAGAGGUUUGAUAACUUGUCCUGUGGCAGGAAGCAAGACAGCGCUUCAGUUGGCUGUUUCUGAUCGUGUUCGGCGCAUGUUGUUGGAACCAGGGAUGGGUGGUGCUGUGUAUCCUGAUGUUAUUGAUUGUGAUCUCAUUCCCUCCUGUAGGAGUCCUUUUACUUCCCUCACGUCAGAACUGAAAUCGCCCACUUCUUCAACAGACUCAAAACAGAAACCUGUUUCCCUCUCCGAUCGUUCAACUCCCCAGUCAUCUGGAUGUAAUCCUCCUUCCAAUAAUCCUGGAACCCCUUCUCAACCAUUACCUUCGAAAAAGUCCUCUGGAACAGCCACAGCAAUUACUUCUUCCAACACAUCUUCUGCAUGGAAUAGUGUUGUUUUGCAACUGUUGGAAGCCGCGAAAGCGGGCGAUGUUGAUUUGGUCUGCCGUCUUGUGGUUGCUUAUCAACGAAAUCCGAAGGGAGAUGGUGGUGUGGGAAAGGCGUCAACAGAUCUUAUUAAUUGUAGGGAUAUUGACGGAAGGCACUCAACUCCCUUGCACUUCGCGGCAGGAUAUAAUCGACUGGCGGUUGUGGAGGUGCUGUUGAAGUUCGGUGCGGAUGUUCAUGCCAAGGAUAAGGGUGGACUGGUUCCGUUGCAUAAUGCCUGUUCAUACGGGCAUGCCAAGGUCGCGGAAUUGCUCAUUCAACACGGUGCCAACGUAAACGUCACCGAUCUCUGGCGUUUUACUCCUCUCCACGAAGCUGCUGCCAAAGGUAAAUUCGAUAUUUGCCGACUCCUCCUCAAACACGGUGCCGAUCCCACACGCAAAAACCGCGACGGUCACACCCCAAUCGAUCUCGUGAGGGAUACCGACAGUCUUGUUUAUGACCUACUACGUGGAGAUGCAGCUGUUCUCGAGGCAGCUAAAAGAGGAAGCCUAACGAAGAUUCAACGCCUCAUCACUGCGGAUAACAUCAACUGUCGAGAUACUGCGGGUCGAAAUUCAACACCCCUUCAUUUAGCUGCGGGAUAUAACAAUCUUGAAGUGGUGGAAUUCUUGCUUGCCGCUGGGGCUGAUGUCAAUGCGCAGGAUAAGGGAGGUCUCAUACCUCUCCACAAUGCGAGCUCUUAUGGACAUGUCGAUGUUGCCGCCAUCCUGAUUAGACAUGGAACCUCGGUGAAUGCGGUUGACAAAUGGGGUUAUACCCCACUUCAUGAAGCGGCUCAGAAGGGCCGAACUCAGUUGUGUUCGCUGCUGUUGGCGCAUGGAGCAAAUCCUCUGACUAGGAAUGAAGAAGGCCAAACCCCAUUGGACCUUGCCACAGCUGAUGACGUUAAAUGCCUCCUUUCGGAUGCAAUGCCGUCUGCGAUUGGAGCUCCAAUGUGCCUGCCCCUUGCGGCCUCCUCUUCAUCCUCUCUUCUCCCUUCAUCUUCCGCUCAUCAGAUCUCUCAUCUUCCUUCUUCUGCUUCUAAUGCCAUCACAGUUGCGGCUGUCUCUACCGAUGGUCCUCGAAUUGAGGGACAAGGGAGAGCUGAAGAGGAGGGUCUCUUGAAUCAACCACCAGUUCAACAGCAACAACCUCUUGCUUUGCCUCAACAGCCUAUUUUACAAACCACAACCAUGACAAUUGCUAGCUUUCUUACGUCUCUUGGACUUGACCAUCUUGUGGAAUUGUUCGACAAAGAACAGGUUACUCUGGAUAUUCUUGUGGAAUUGGGUCACGAGGAGUUGAAAGAACUCGGGGUGGUAGUUUACGGACAGCGCCACAAGAUUAUCAAGGGUGUGAGUCGAUAUCGGUCUCUCAUCGCCGCCUCUGUAACCAAUGCCCCUACUGCCAUCAAUUCAGCAACCACCGCUACCGCUUCUAUAUUCCCCAUCGUCGCGGGAGUGGACAACUUAUCGAUCUCCAGGGGUGGUUUGGGUACAACCUCGGGAGGCCAUUUCAAGGGAGUGGGUGUCCACGAACCCAUGCCCCCUGGAUCGGAUUUCUUUCCGGCUGCGGCGGCUACUGAAACUGUGUUUGUGGAUGUACCGAGGGAUUCUACUGAGUUUCGGGAUGUUGAAGAACAACUUCAAAGCAGCAUCCGCCAACAUAAAGAUAAUUGCGGAGGUAUAUUCCAGCGUUUCAAUGUCCUCGAAAUCACUCGCAUCCGAAACCGUCGAAUGUGGGAUCGGUACAUGCAUCGCUGCGCUGAAAUUGCUGAAGAUCUGAGCGGUGGAAGUAGUAGCAGUAGUGCGGCGAUCAAUAAUUCUACUGCCACUAUUCAUCCUUCCAGUGCGAAUCCAAAUGCCGGAGGAGUUGGUCAUUAUAAUGAACGAUUCCUUUUUCAUGGUUCCCCCUUCCUGCACUCGAUUGUAACUCGAGGAUUCGAUGAGCGCCAUGCGUACAUUGGUGGCAUGUUUGGCGCUGGUAUAUACUUUGCAGAAAACUCGUCUAAGUCGAAUCAAUACGUCUAUGGAAUUGGUGGAGGUACGGGUUGUCCGAAUCAUCGUUCUAGAUCCUGCUAUAUUUGCCCGCGACAAAUGCUCCUUUGCAGAGUGGCUCUUGGAAGGUCCUUCAUCCAGUUCAAUGCGAUGAAGGUCGCACACGCGCCCCCUGGUCACCAUUCUGUUGUUGGUUUACCAUCGGCAGGUGGAUUAAACUUUGCAGAAUAUGUAAUUUAUAGAGGGGAACAGGCUUAUCCGGAAUAUAGAAUCACAUAUCUCCUAGUCCCUCCAGAUGAAAGUCCUUCUCAAAUCUCCGCCACUGCUCAAUCCACUGCAAAUGGAACUGCCACUAAUAAACCAGCUCCUGGAGCACCUGGAAAUACCGGUUGA